UAGGAAAAGAGCUAUUAAAGCACUUUAUUUUUGCUUUGUUUAUCCCGCCCUUUGAAAUACUCGCAAAUUGAUCGGCGCCGGACUCCGAUCAUCGCCGGCGAGCAAAUUAACAAAGUACAACAGUUGAAUUUGCUUAUAGUUUAGCUCAAUUAGUUUAGGGUGGCUAUGGAGCCUAUGACUUCAGAGAUGGAACCGGUUCAGAUUAACAGUGCACCUAGGAGACCUCGCAUUCUUCUUGCAGCAAGUGGAAGUGUUGCUGCUAUUAAGUUUGCCAAUCUCUGUCGUUGUUUCUCUGAGUGGGCAGAAGUUAAAGCAGUUGCAACAAAACCAUCUCUUCAUUUCAUAGACAAAGCUUCACUUCCGGAUGAUGUCAUUCUUUAUACUGAUGAGGAGGAAUGGUCCACUUGGAAGAAGAUUGGUGAUAGCGUGCUACACAUUGAGCUCCGCAGGUGGGCUGAUAUUAUGGUUAUUGCCCCUUUGUCAGCAAACACUCUUGGGAAGAUUGCUGGUGGACUAUGUGAUAACUUGUUAACCUGCAUUGUCCGAGCAUGGGACUACAAUAAACCCCUUUUUGUGGCACCAGCCAUGAAUACAUUGAUGUGGAACAAUCCAUUCACAGAACGGCACCUUAUGAUAAUUGAUGAGCUCGGAAUCUCUCUUAUACCACCAGUUUCAAAGAGACUAGCUUGUGGAGAUUAUGGAAACGGAGCAAUGGCUGAACCUUCUCUUAUCUUCUCAACUGUUAGACUCUUCUAUGAGUCACGGUCCCAAUCAGGUGGCAGCAACAUGGCGUGAUCGACAGAUCAUUAAAUUUCAUUUGUCGGUUUGUACAAUUGAUAGAAAUUGUUGAAAUUCAGGACCUGGCGCAAUGUUAACAUACACCAAUUGUGUUUAUUUUUCUCGUAAAUUCAUCUCCCUGUUCUCGUGUUUGUAUCCAAGAGCUAACUUUCAAUCAAGGUUCAUGUUCAUGGUAGUCGAUUGAAUGAGAAUAUUAUGCAACUCUAA